AUGGGCGAGCACAAGGCCGCCGAAUCUGCCGUCAUGACGCAUGACGAGAAGCCAAUUGCACGCAACGACGAUGGCCUGCCGCCUGAUGUUGCGGCGUUGAUGCAGGAGUUUACUGGGGCCAAGUACAACAAGCUUAUGCGCAAGUUGGAUUUGCACCUGAUCCCUAUUAUCGCUCUGUUAUACCUCCUUGCAUACUUGGACCGUGGCAACAUCGGAAACGCAAGACUGGCGGGACUGGAAAAGGACCUGAACAUGAAGGGUGAACAGUACAACAUUGCAUUGACAAUCUUUUUCGUUUCCUACAUUGUCUUUGAGGUGCCGGCGAACAUGGCCCUGAAAUAUCUGUCACCUCGAACAUGGAUUCCCUCAAUUACCGUUUCCUGGGGUAUUGUGAUGACCCUCAUGGGCAUCGUCCACAACUAUGAGGGGCUACUAGCUGCACGAUUUUUCCUUGGAGUUCCCGAGUCUGGCAUCUUCCCUGCGGCGGCCUACUACAUCACCAUGUGGUACACCAGGCACGAGGCCAUGUACAGAACGGCCUUGUUCUACGCUACAGCAUCUCUUGCAGGCGCAUUCUCCGGUCUUCUUGCCUAUGCAAUCACGCUGAUGGACGGCAUUGGCGGGCUUGCCGGCUGGCAAUGGAUCUUCAUCCUCGAAGGCCUCCUCACUGUUCUAGCCGGAGUCCUCGCCUACUUUGCAAUCUUCAACGGCCCAGACUCAGUAGCCUGGCUGACAGAAGAGGAGAAGCAGUACCUCAAGGUGAAGCUCGCCUAUGAUGGGAACAGAUGGGGCAAGGGCACGCAGGAAGAGGGAUCGAAGAGAAAGUACAUCAAGGAAGCUUUCCUCGACUGGCAGAUCUAUCUGAGCGUCGUCAUCUACUUGGGUAUUUCAGUGUCCACGUACGGACUCGUCUUUGGUCUUCCCACAAUCAUCUCAACACUUGGAUACUCGGCGAGGAUUGCACAGCUCAUGACCGUCCCACCUUACGUCGCGGCUUGCAUCCUCACCAUUGCCGUAGCGCACUUCUCGGACAAGCUCAAGAAGCGCGGCUACUUUAUUGCAGGCUCCUUGGUCGUGUCAGUCAUCGGCUUCAUCAUGGCGAUCACGACAUCUAAUAACCCUGGUCUGGCUGGAGUCACUUAUGCUGGCUGCUUUCUCGCCUGCUGCGGUUUCUUCCCCGCGUUCCCGGGCGUGAUUUCGUGGCUUGCGAACAACCUCGCCGGCCCGUACAAGCGUGCCAUCGGCAUGUCUCUACAAAUUUCUCUCGGCAACACAGGAGGCCUCAUUGGGUCCAACAUCUACCUUGCCAGAGAGAAGCCGCACUACCGCCUGGGUUAUGGAAUUUCCAUUGGCUUCAUUGCGUGUGCCAUCAUCGCCACAGCUGUCAUGUGGUUCACGCUCACUACCAUCAACAGAAAGCGCGAGCGCUAUGUCGAGGACAACGGCGGAGUGGAGGGGAUUGUGGAGAAACACGGGGAUGUCACUCUCACCGAGAUGGGAGACCGCAGCCCUCUAUUCCACUACACUCUAUAA